AUGAAACAAAUAGCUAUGGACUUCCACCUACCAUCUCUUGUACCUUUUGUGGUAGCAUCAUUAGCCUUUUCAUUGUUCCUCUACUCUAUAUUUUUUAAGUCAAGAAAAGCAGUCAGAAAACUACCACCGCAAGCCGGAGGUGCGUGGCCGAUAAUCGGUCACCUACCCUUGUUAGUACGUUCGUCUGAGCCACUACAUGUGGUGAUAGCUCAAUUGGCGGACACAUACGGACCGAUCUUCACUUUCAUGUUCGGAGUGAAGAGAACCCUAGUUUUGAGCAGCUCGGAAAUGGCGAAAGAAUGCCUAAAGACCUACGACAAAGUGUUUGCUAGCCGUGUAAGCUCUUUAGCCUCAGAAAUCUUGGGCUACAACUAUGCCUUCUUUCCUUUCAGCUCUUACGGCUACUACUUUAGUCAUGUACAGAAGAUGGUCAUGGCGGAGGUCUUAUCCCCCCACCGCGUCGAGAUGCUCAAACACUUUAGAGAAUCUGAAGUGAGUGCAUCGAUGAAAGAAAUAUACGAUCGGUGGACGAAGAACAACAAGAGUAGUGGUUCCGAUAAGGUGGUGGUACUGAUGAAAGACUGGUUUGCGGACAUAAACCAGAACGUGGUCUUUAGAAUGAUUAUCGGGAAACGAAUUUCAGAAGCUACAAAUUACACCCAUGGAGACUUGAUAGGGAGAAAAGUAUUCAAGGAUUGGCUUCGACUGAAUGCUACUUUUGUACUGUCGGAUGCGCUUCCGUUCUUGAGGUGGUUGGAUUUGGGUGGCCAUGAGAAGACCAUGAGGAAGGUAGCAAAGGCGGUAGAUCAAGUGCUUCAAGGAUGGUUAGAAGAGCAUAAGCAGAAGAAAAAGAGGACUGUUUCUGGUGGAGUGAAAGGUGAUGAGGAGGAGCGUGACUUCAUGGAUUUGAUGCUUUCAGUUCUUGAUGAUUUGAAAGUUACUAACUCUUUUGAAGCUGACAUUAUCAACAAAGCUACCUCACUGAGUCUUCUUCUAGCAGGUGUAGAUGUGACGACAGGGACAUUAACAUGGGCACUGUCUCUACUUCUCAACAGCCCUAAAACUCUAAAAAAGGUCCGGGAAGAGAUAGACCAAAAUAUUGGCAGAGAGAGGGCAGUAAAAGAAUCAGACGUCGACAACUUGGUCUAUCUCCAAGCCGUUAUCAAAGAAACGCUCCGUUUAUACCCUCCCGGACCAACCUUAUUGCCCCAUGCAUCCAAUGAAGAUUGCGUUCUAGCCGGCUACCAUAUCCCAGCAAACACUCGCGUCCUCGUCAACGUAUGGAAGAUUCAUCGAGACCCGAAGGUCUGGCCCGAUCCAAAUGAGUUUCAACCUGAACGAUUCUUCACAACACACAGCGACAUUGAUGUUAAAGGUCAGGAUUUUGAGUUGAUACCGUUUGGCAGUGGAAGAAGAAUGUGCGCCGGAAUAGCACUUGCCCUCAGGAUUAUGCCAUUGACACUCGCUUCUUUGCUUCAUGGAUUUGAAAUCGCAACUCCGACGGGUGAGCCAGUUGACAUGCAUGAGUCGAUGGAAUUUACCAACCAUAGAACCUCCCAACUUGAAGUCCUUCUUACUCCGCGCCUUCCUGCUCAAGUAUAUGAAGAGUACGGUAAAUAAGGUAAAUCUGCUUUGCUGGUAUUUAGGGACCAGGUUACAUGCAGUGAUGGUUAGAGUAUUCAUAAACUCACGGGGAGGGCAUCACUACAUUUUGCAUUAAUUUGGUCACCUCUGGAAUUAUGUUACUAAAUCAUGUUUAAGUAUUUGUUUUAAGGGGCUUCUAGAUCUUAAUAAAUAAAAAAACCUUGUGCUACUGUUAGAUCUAAUUCAAGUGCUUUUCUUGAUGACUAAGGUGCACAAACUUUGGUUUUUGUUUUCUUAUUAUAACAUGGAUUUUUUGUUUUUAUUU